AUGCCGUCAAAUUGGCUCAACGGUCACUGGUUUUACAUUGCUAAUCAUAAUAGCAAUCCACACGAUGGUCGUAUACGGAUCCAUGCUGCGACACAGCAAAUAAUUCGGCUAAGACAGCACCACGAUAGUUUUGAAUCUGCCUCCCAUAAUCGUCACCAACGAAUUUGGACAACGAUAGCAACUUCGUUGCUCAACGGAGGAUUUGUGGCCACUUCCAGUCAAUGGCGAUAUAAAUGGUACUCGUUGAAAUUUUACGAGAACCUUAAAGAUUAG